AUGGGACGUGAGGAGCAUGGAGGGACUUGGCACAUGGACGCAGCUCAACUGGAUACGCAAAGGAAGAAGGGAGAAGCCAUCUUGAAGACCAGCUCGACCACUCGACCAACCGGUCGAGUUCCUCAACUCGACCGGCCAAGCUUCAACUCGAUCGAGCUGAGAAGUCAACACGACAAAGCUUCAAGAUGGUUGAAGUCUCUGCCAGCUCACUCCAUCACCACUUGGGAUGAGUACAAGGCUGCAUUCAUCAACCACUUCUACACCAAGCAGAGAUCAAUUUCUGUAAGGAACAAGAUCUCCAACUUUCGCCAAGCCAACAAUGAAUCUUUCUAUGAGGCGCUAGAUCGAUUCAAGGAGUACAUUAGGGACUGCCCUAAUCAUGGUUUCAAUGAGGGAAACCUAUGGAACAUCUUCUAUCGUGGCAUAGACCACAAGUACAAGCUUUCAUUGGACACUGCAAGCAAUGGAAACUUCAUGACCAAGACUGUUGAUGAAGCUAAGGUUCUUAUUGAGAAUCUUGCAGCUAGUGAUUGUAACAACUGUCCUGAUUAUGACCGCUCAAGCCGCACCACUACUAGCUCCCCUGAUUCUUUUCAAAUGACUGAACUCAAGAACAUGAUGGCUCAAGUUCUUAAGGGACAGCUCAAGCAUAUCAAUGCAAUAGAAGGGAUGAGUGAUGCUAAUGAAGAUUCAUCAAGAGAAUGCAUGGGAGAUUUCUCUAAUGAAGCCAAUGAAGAAGAUGUGAACUACAUUGGAAACUAUGGGAACAAGGGAUACAAUCCAAGCUAUCGCCCAAACCCCAACAUGUCUUAUAGAAACCCCAAUGUGGAGAAUCCUCAAGACCAAGUGUAUCCUCCAAGGUAUCCACAACAACAAAGACCUCCUUACCAAUCUCAAGGAAGUCAAUUUCAGCCAAGGCAAGGAUAUGAGCAGAGAUCAUCAUAUCCGCCCAAGGAGCCAUAUGCUUCUUCACCAAAUCAAGCUCCUCCAAACCAACAAGGUGGGAGAUUUGAAGGAAUCCUCCAACAGAUCAUGGAUGGCCAGAAGAGAAAAUAA